GCGGAGUGGAGGCGGCCACCACGGCGGAGGGGGCGGGAUUCCCGGAGGCGCCGGCGGCACCGUGGGGCCUCCCUCCCUGCCUCCCUCCAACUCCCCUCAGCAUCGGGACACCGGAGCGAGAAGGCGUCUGAACUAGCCCAUUCGUCACCGCCUCUUGCUGGAGAAAAUAAGAACUUCUUUUCAGGAAGAGCCUUGAUCUCAUGAACGAAUCAACAGAUCUUGGGAAUGCAAGCGCUCUGGAGCCAGUUAUACGGCUCAGGAAGGGACACAUGCCCAAUUCUGCUGGGCAAGAAUAUGUUCAUAGCGACAAGUCCAGUGAGCAGGAACCCCUCUUAGUAGAACCAUCAGCAUCAUCUGAAAAGGAUUCUGGCAAAGAUGGGGAUGACAGUUCAACUCAGGAAGAUGAGGGCUUUAUGGGAAUGCUGCCUCUCCUCCAAGCCCACCAUGCAAUGGAGAGAAUGGAAGAAUUUGUAUGCAAGGUAUGGGAGGGCCGAUGGCGUGUCAUUCCCUUCGACGUCUUGCCCGAUUGGUUAAAAGACAACGACUACCUGUUGCAUGGGCACCGGCCACCCAUGCCUUCUUUCCGGGCUUGCUUUAAAAGCAUUUUCAGAAUACACACAGAGACGGGCAACAUCUGGACGCAUCUACUAGGAUGUGUGUUCUUUUUGUGUUUGGGGAUCUUCUACAUGUUCCGGCCAAAUAUGUCCUUUGUAGCACCUGUUCAGGAGAAGGUGGUGGUUGGAGUGUUCUUCUUGGGAGCCAUCCUUUGCCUUUCCUUCUCAUGGCUUUUUCACACAGUUUACUGCCAUUCAGAAGGCGUUUCUAGGCUCUUCUCCAAGCUGGACUAUUCUGGGAUUGCUCUUCUCAUUAUGGGCAGUUUCGUCCCAUGGCUUUACUAUUCUUUUUACUGCAACCCUCAGCCCUACUUCAUCUAUCUGAUUGUGAUCUGUGUCCUGGGCAUUGCAGCCAUUAUAGUUUCACAGUGGGAUAUGUUUGCAACCCCUCAAUAUCGAGGAGUACGAGCAGGAGUGUUCCUGGCCCUGGGCCUUAGUGGUGUGAUUCCCACCCUGCACUUUGUCAUCUCGGAAGGGCUCAUCAAGGCCGCCACCAUGGGGCAGAUAGGAUGGCUGGCCCUCAUGGCCUGUUUGUACAUCACUGGCGCUGGCUUGUAUGCUGCUCGCAUCCCAGAGAGAUUUUUCCCGGGCAAAUGUGACAUCUGGUUCCACUCCCAUCAGCUCUUUCAUAUUUUCGUGGUGGCUGGUGCUUUUGUGCACUUCCAUGGGGUUUCAAAUCUUCAAGAGUUCCGUUUCACCGUUGGGGGAGGCUGCUCAGAGAACGAGAUGGAGUAAAAACCCGUCCCCGGUUGAGGAUCAUAACCAAAACUGAACCAUGGGAGCAGUCAAUCUACACUUCUCCUACAAUAGUGUGGAAGCUUUGCAGGGAAUCUUAAGUAUAAGAUGGGAGAAAUAUUCAUACCUCAAACAAUGGAGUGAAUUGGUUCUGAAGACGUGGACAUGCUUAAAUCUUAACUUAUUCCUGGGAUCUGCAACUGAAGCAAGAAAAAAACAACCCUUUCUUAAAUCAGCUUACGUUCAAUGCCGUAUUUAUUUGUAGAAAAUAAGAGAGGUUAUCUUGGGGAAGAGCUUGGCAAUUUUUUCUUUUCUUUUUUUAAAAUCUAGCUUAGUUAAGAUUUGUAUCUUGUUCGGGUAAGUUGAUUUUUAGAUGCCCUUUUGGGAGAAAAAAAAUGUAAAUAAGAUUUCUAACUUUCUGUUUGAUUAAAAAGUUUCUAUAAAUGUUUUAAAAGGGGGGAGGGAGAUGGAUUUUUGUAUUGGUUGUAACAUGCAAGUACCACACACUGUUUCUAUUUUGCACAAAUUCUUAAAACGUGCAGGAAAGCUAGGUGAAACUCCUAAAAUCAGGCAUCUGGAUCCUGUAGGUGCUUCCUAAUUCUGGUGUAUACUGAUUGGCUCACUCCAGGGGACCCAGUCCGCUGCCCACACCACAAGGCCCGAGAGCAACGAAGCGCUUAAAGAUCAGCCUGCUCAGAAAGUGGAGGCAAAAGGCACCAAAAGGCCUUCUAAGCUCUCCCCUGGAGUGGUUUUUUUUUUUUUUAAAAAGAUUCCUUCAUUGGCCUUUUGCUACAUAGGGGUUUGAUGGCUUAAGGUACAAUGUGGCAUAUAUCCUGACCUUUUGGGGGGUCUCUCAUCAGUGUUUCACCAUUCUUUUGGGCGUGCUGUUUUGUUUAUCCAAGUGCAAUUGUUGGGUACCAACCUUCUAGGUGAUCUGGCCUGGGGUGGAAAUGGACUCAAGGGGGAUGGGAAGUACCCACAAGAAAGCAACUUUGUUUUUGUUUUAUGUAAGAAGAAGACUGCCUGUCUAUGUGUUAAUGUGUGUAUGUGUGUGUUGCUGUGUGACAGUAACACCACACUUGUCUGUAUUAAAUCCACUGAACUCUGCAGGCUGCAAUAGUAACACUGCCAUUCUUUUUCCUCUUUCUCCUGGGGCUUAGGACAAUACUGUGCACUAUUUUUAAUAAGUGAAAAGCAAACAAACCCCACAGGGUAGACUUUUCCUCUGCUUGUUAAAGUAGUGCUUUGUGCCGGAGAGAAAAUUGUGAGCGUUUUCAAAUUUAAUGGUAUGAGGCCAGGAGUAUUUGAAGAGGAGAGAGUUAUGACGCAACAAAAACAGUCAACAUGACAAGUGAGAGAAGAAGUAUGUUUAUUGCUGGUGAGCAAUAUUGAAUCUAGACAGAAACAUCUGAGCAAAAUGCAGAAUUCGUAGACUAGCCAUUUGUCACACUGUAAGGACAAAUAAUUUAGCCUAUAGCGAGUUAUCAAGGAUUGCUUGUGGGGCAACAUAAUUGGUUAUGGUUUUAAAAUGUUACAUUUUUAUAAAGAAAUCCUUGGUCUUUCCCUUAGCUCUUCUUCUGAAAUGGAUUCCUCUUAAGUAUUUAAACCUGCAGGAGGUGCUUAACUGGUUCUUGUAGGUAAAUUCAAAUACAGAUGUGUUCUGGCUAGGAUCAUGAUACUAAAUACAUACAGGUAAAAAUCGCAACCUAAUAUAUUUCAUUGUGUUGAUCCCAAACUGAAAACAGAACAGUAUUAACUGAAUCCCUUCAAUCAAACUGGGAAACCAGUUAUGAGAAACUUUGGAGUUUUGUGUUUAUGGAAUCAGCUGGUAAAAGGAUAGUUUAUCUAAGGUGGGGAAGUGGUAAUACAUAUCACACCCAGGAUUACUGUUUGAGAAGCACUUUUAGGAGUGUAUCUCUGUAUAUACUAGCAGAGAAUAUAUCUCCCUACUCUGGAUUAUCCAUGCUCACUCUGAAUGUGGCACUUGCAAUCCAGCCCAACAGCACAGAAUACAACCUGUACAGAACGCACCAUUUUGCUGCCCUUAACUUCCGAUCUUCCCGUUGAAGAUAUUUUGUGUCCCAGUAUGAAAACUGCAUAGCUGCGCACUUUUUCCGUGGUGCUUGCUGAGACUUCCUCCCAGGUUGGCACCUGAACGCCUUACUCUCUCAGCAACUGGAGGUUCGCUUUGCUUUCUUUAGGUGUGUGUGCAGGGUUCAGCCUAGCAUAGUUGAGAUAUACAGCUCCCCCCAUUAACUAGUGGCCUUGUUCAGUAUUUUCAUUUCUAAUUGCUCACUGUUGAAGGCAACAAAGCACAUCUUGGAUUUUGAAGAUUGGGGGGGGUGGUGAGGGGUCUCCAGCCAAUGGGAUCCAAUUACUUGUUGUAUUCUAAACUUCUAAUAAAAAGAACAAAUGUAAAACG